AUGGUUUACAAGAGUUGUUUAUCAGUGAUGUCCUCUUCACUCCAGGCAUCAUCAUCAUCAUCAUCAUCAUUAUCAUCACUGGUGAAGAGGAGAUCCCUGUCAUGUCAUCAGGGCUUCCUGUCUCUCUCCGCUCCGCUUGUUCAUCACAGCGCCCAGCACAGAGAAUACCCCAUCUCUGAGCGAUCUCGGCCCUCAGACGCAAACCCUGAGGGGCCUCGUCUAGAGUGGACACUGCCGGGCUUUAUUUCCAUUUUCCUGCCAGAAUUCCCGCACAGGUUUACUGGACACAUGCAUUUACAGAUUCUUGGUUUUAUAGCUAAAGGUUCGUUUGGUCCAAUCCUGAAGGUGAAGGACCUGUCUAAAGAUGAGACCUAUGCUAUUAAGGUUUUACCCAAGGCUGAUGUUUUGAGACAUGGAGUCCUCCAGCAGUCCAAAGAGGAGGUUAUAAUUCAACGACAAGUCAGGCAUCCUUUCCUCCUCAGUCUCCGGGACUGUUGGCAGAGCCAGAGCAAUCUCUUCAUCAUGUGUGAUUACUGCAGCACUGGAGACCUGUAUACUUACUGGACACUGAAGGGCCGGUUUGAUGAGAGAGAUGUUCGCGUGUUUGCUGCUGAAUUGGGCUCUGCCUUGGGAUUUUUGCAUGACUUCGGAAUAAUACAUAGGGAUAUGAAGAUGGAGAACAUCCUUCUGACUGAUAAAGGUCACGUCCGCUUGACUGAUUUUGGGCUGUCUCGCCGCCUUGAGCGUGGGGAUAGAGCAUUUACUAUCUGUGGCACAAUACAGUACAUGGCUCCUGAAGUCCUGAGCGGGGGCCCGUACAGCCAUGCUGCAGACUGGUGGUCUCUUGGUAUUCUUAUCUAUGCUUUAGCCACUGGAGGGUUUCCUUUGCCUGCGGAAGCAGACCACUGUAGUAUGAUGAGCAGGGUCAGUGAGCAUCCAUACGACAUGCCUGCAAACCUCAGUCCAGCUCUGGCCUUUCUGCUCAUAGAGCUUCUAUGCAAGAUCCCCACGCGUCGCUUACGGUGCCUGGAGCACUUCCAAAGCCAGAAGUUUUUCCGCGGCAUGUCCUUCGAUUCCCAGCUGCUGCAGAAACGUCCCGUCAAGCCAAUCCUCGAGCUGAAGAAUCAUCCUGACCGAUCGGAAAGGUCGAUGCGAGGUUUAUCAUCAGAUCUGCUUAAGAAUUUUGAGUGUGACCUGCUGAACUCUCCAUCGACCCCUGUGGGUUUGCCUCCUACCUUGAUGAAGAUUGAGGUGAAUGAAGAGACAGCUGGGACUGAAACAAAAGCAACAGAAACCAGUUCUCCAUGAAAACAUAAAUGAACGAACUUUGCUUUCUCUGUAACAUGCAACGUUUUGCCAAAGACAAGAUAAAAUGCCACAGUAUUUUUUGAUAAUUCACCCACAU